UUUAACUCUUGAUGUUGAUCUUAUAGGUUGAAACAAUAGGUGAUGCCUACAUGGUGGUGGGUGGUGUCCCAAUCCCAGUAUCCAGUCAUGCUGAGCGAGUGGCUAACUUUGCCCUUGGUAUGAUCAUUGCUGCCAAAGAGGUCACCAACCCUAUAACAGGAGGCCCUAUUCAGGUGAGAGUACAAGCAGUAACUAUUUCUUUCCUAAACUACUAUCUUACUUCCCAGACACCUCAUUUAAUGAUUUUGAAACUAGCGAAAUUAAGAAUAAUUUUAUUAUGUGUGUUUUAUAAUUUUAGAGUUUAUUAUGUGCUGCAAAGGUUGUGUUUUUUUGGCAUUGAUUAUUGAUUAGACUCAAGAUCUUCUAUCUGACAUUGGCUACGGUCGUACUGAAAUGUGUGAAGAGUAUGAUUGGGUUCCAAGAGCUUGAGUUCUUGGAUCUGCCUUGUCUCUUUGCGACGCCAGAUUCGGGUGGGCUUGCACAGUGGUCCGGUGCUAGCGGGUGUUGUUGGAGAGAAGAUGCCACGUUAUUGCUUAUUUGGAGACACUGUAAAUACGGCUUCUCGCAUGGAGAGUCAUGGCCUGCCCAACAAAAUCCACCUCAGCCCCAGUGUAUAUCAUGCUCUUCGGAACAAGGAAUUCCAGCUAGAGGAACGUGGAGAGAUUGAGGUGAAGGGGAAAGGCAGCAUGCAAACUUAUUUUCUUCUAAAAAACCUCAAAGCUACAGAGAACGAUAUUGUAGGCUGCCAGAUGAGGGAAGCUGGCUCAGGACAAGAGUCCGUUGAGUCCAACGAAGACUGCAGCACUGAGCCUUCUUCUUUUAGACCAUCACUAGCUUUUCAGAACAAGGACAGACGCCACACUGUGGCCAUGAGAUACAGUGACAACAAGCCUCCAUCUCUGUUUCCUGAAGCCCUGGCCAGCACUAAAUGUCUAACAGGUAACUCAAAUUACAGAAGUCUUCACAGUGGAAGCAGGUCUGAAGACGAGCCGUUCGAGGUGAACGAGGGGGCCGUACGCCGAGGUCCCGACGGAGCUGAACCUCCUCCACCUGCUCCAAACAAAAGGCAUGUUUGUAGCAGGUUCUGCGUGGUGACCUAAAAUGCACAGUGAGCCCAGGUAGAUACGGUAAUAGCUUUGGUCUGGGCUGAAAGAUACUUCUGUGUGUAGUGGUGCGUACGCCAUGUCUGAAGUCUUGGUGGAUAUAUGGAUAUACAUUUAUUUAUUUAUUUAUUUAUUUAUUUAUUUAUUCCAUGGUCUGUCUGAAUACCUGAUUCUGACUGGCUGGAAGAUGUAGUCAUGUAGUAAGUCUGCUGUUUAAAAAUUCUAAAAUUAGAGGCAAUUUAUAGCAUGUAUAGAGGAUUUUAUAUUAGGUUUUAUUAGUUUGCCUUUGUUUAAUUUUUACCAGUAACAUAGGACAAUUUAAAAAUGUUAAUAAAUAUGACCCAUCCUGAAGUAUUUACUGACUUUAUUUAUUUUUUCACCCAGCUAGCUCAGUUAGUACAGCAUGAGACUCUUAAUCUCAGGGUCGUGGGUUUGAGCCCCACGUUGGGUGCUAAACCCAGCCACAGGGUCGUUGCACAAGCUCUCACAGUGCCGGUCCCAAGCCUGCAUAAAAAUCAAAUAUGCCUAUCAUAAACCGGAUUUUCAUAAUGGAGACGGAUGAUCCGCUGUAGCGACCCCUAACAGGAACAGUUGAAGAACAGGAUGAAGAAGAAGGUUUAUUUAUUUAUUUUAUUUAGCAUUUUUGUCUGCAAUAGAGCACUGGUUUCCCUUACAUCAGGUAUACGGACAUAAUAAAAUAGGACAUGAACGUCCCAAAUACCGUUAGAUUUACAGUCUGUGUGAUUACAGGCAACUCUGAUUAUAUUUGUAAGAACAGAAGGAAGACCAGAUACAUUAGAAAGAUCAUAAAUUACAAAACAUUCCUCUGAAAUUAAAUAAUUGAGUUUAGAGAAUUUACACAAACAGUAUGUACAGU